AUGGAGAAGCCGUUCUGCAUCAAAUUGGUAGCCACCCAGAUGAAAAAGCUUUCCGAAGACGUCAUUAUUCUCUCAAACAACGAAAAUUCGCCCGUCGAGUCUCCAGAAGAGCAUCCAGAAGACGUCGAGCUUCUGACGUUCGUUCAAGUCUACGAGGAGCUGUGUAAAUUCAUCAGAAUGUUGGGGAAAAUCUUCGAAUUCGUCGAGAAGGACGUUCGUGAGAAAAUCGAUCUUUUGAAGGAGUUGCAUUCGUCGAAUCCUGACGGCUAUAAGACCAUUAUUACAAUGGUUUACAGUGAAAAAUCGAUGGAUAAGAAGGAGAAGGAGAGUGGAGCAAUCGCGAUUUUGCAUUUGAAUCGCGCUCUCGAGUUCAUUGUGGAGUUCAUGUACGCGGCGGUGGCCGCUUCCAACGACGAUAGUAUCGCGAAAAUCUGCAAGGAGUGCUACGAUGGAACAUUGGCGAAACACCACCCGUGGAUCAUCCGUACCGCUGUGAAAGUGGCCGUCUACACGCUGCCAUCGCGUGAUAAAAUGCUGGAAUACAUUCGAGAAUUUUUGCUCAAUUUCAGCGAAAAUUUUCAGAUGGAAAACGCUGAGCGAAUCGAAGUGACACUCGUCGACCAGCCCUAUUCGAAUUUGGUCAUUUCGCCGAAUAAUGGCCUCCUCUCCGUCACCACCGGGACAUUAUGCGAAAUUCGAUAUCUGGAAAAGAGCGGCGCUGCUCGCCAACUUCUCAAACACGAUUCCAACGUCGUCGCUGCGUUUUUCCAGUCGGAACAUCGUCUGAUUACUGUAACUGAGAAUGGAGAAGUUAGCGAAUUCGAAGCUGGCGAGAGAGGAUUCGAGAAGAAGUCGUCGAAGAGGGUUACGGCGUUUCCUGUGGUCUGCGCCUUCGCCCAAAAAUCGUCUUCUUCUGAUACUUCGAAAGAUCUCGAAAUCUGGUUGGUCGUUGAGAAAAGUGCCGACGUCACGUCAUCUAAGAACGAGAAGACGUACGACGUCUGUGUAAUCGGUGCAAAUGGAUCGUUUUUCAAAGUGCUCGAAAUCCCGUCCGACUGUCGAAAAGAGCAAAUUUCGAUCGAAAAUCGGGUGGUUUCGUAUGCCCACCGUCUGGAUGUUCAUUCGAUCGUUUUGAAGGACGUCGACUUUUCAGUCAUCAAGGAGACCAAGUUUACGGCCAAAAAUGGAGGACAUGAAGGCGGACCACCUCAUGAAAUCGAACGUCUCGCUUCCAAUGGAAAUUAUCUGGUGGCCGCAAUUUCGGACGGUCGAAUUCUCCAAUGGUCGAACCUCCGAUCGGCCGGCGUCUCGGACACCCAUCACCGUAUUCAUUGGCACAAAGUGGGAAUCCACGUGGCAGUCACUCAGUUUGGAAAUGUGCUCUCCGCUGGAGCAGAAUGCGUCCUGGCUCGACACUCUAAAGGACAGAAGGAGCCAACGAAGCUGCCAAGAUUGGCUGCGCCGGUGACUGGUCUGGUGUUGUCAGACGACUCGUCCACGUGUGCUCUUGUCAUGGAAGACAACUCAAUUCACACGGUCCUCCUCGCCACGAUGGCCAUCAAAUCGUUGGUUUCGACGCUGGAAUACUGUCCGAGAUCGUUGAAUACCGUAUUCUGCAGCGACCCCCUUCGCCCACGAGACAUCGUUAUGAACGGAAAACCAGGCCAUAUCCAAUGGUUCGACGCCGCCACCGCCUACACUCUCUCAAAAAUGCACGUAACUCUGGAGAAUACAAUCGACGGUGAUAUGUCGUCUCGUGGCAUCAAAUGCGCAUUCCGCGACGUUCUUACUGUAGCGUUCACCCAAAAACUCGUCGCUACCAUCGAGAAAUUCGUCCAUUUCGACGGUGAGAAUCAUUUGAGAUUCUGGAAACGAAAGGGUAACGCAACGGAUACCGUGCUGGUCGCAUCGAUUGCAGUGCCGAAGGAUGUUGUCAUGGUUGCCACGUGUCAGACGCCAGCUGCGUCCAGAUUUGUGGUAAUUGGCUACAGUAGGCUUACAGUAUCCGAGAUUACGAUUUUUCCAAAGUACAGUAAUCUAGUAAGACAAUUACGUAAUCCUACAAUGUCCCCAAUUUCUGCUUGUUUCCAGAACACAAUCAUCACCGCGUCGACAUCUGGAACCCUCAGCGUUUGGGAUUAUACUGAAAAAGAGGUUCUAGAAGACAUGGAACGGUCUAGGAAUUGGCAAGAAACCGAGAUUCGCGACAUUUCAAUGAUUCAAGCAGACGGAAAAUUCGUCAGUGCUCACGGACAGCAUGCAGUGCUCUGGAGUGUCAAAAAUAUGAAAAUCAUCGACGUCCUCAGCUGCGACGACGACAUUCUGAAGGUCUCCUUCGCCGCCGACGAACGUCAUCUGAUAAUCUCGACGAAGAAAGGUGUGAUCUGCUGGGACACCCUCUGCCUUUUGGUCGUUUGGCGCAUUCAACAACGCGUUGGAAUCCAUGUGGGCUACACUGGAUGCUACGCUCUCGAUGGUCCACAAGUGAUGAAGUUCGACGCGGAGUCUGGAAGAGUCCUGGAGACGGUGCAAUUCUCGACGCCCGUUGAAGAGUUGAUUGUGGUGGAGAAGAGACAGAAUGCUAUCGUUUAUGUGGCAAAGACGGCCAAGGGAAUCCUAUGCAAUCGGCCGAGAAAAAUCAAGCAAAGCGGAAAAUCCAACGGCGCCGUCACCGACCUAAAAACGCCAUUCAGCCAGCUGGCUCGUCAGAAUUCCACGACGACGACUCCAAAGUCCACGUCAUCUUCUGGAGACCAACAAUUCGUUCGUCAGCCACGCCCCGAAGCGGCCCGCCUGUUCGCUGGACCCGUCUAUCAGCUGCCACCAAUCUCAUUCAUCGCCCCGUUGUUCAUUGAGAAGUCCCUGCUUCCACCACCUGUUAGAUCAUAG